AUGUUUGGUGCACCAGUCUUCUCUUUGAUGAGCCAACGAGAGUACUACACAGUUUUACGUGACUCAAGCCUUUGGGAAUCAACAGAUGUGAGUGCUAGAGAUGUUUAUGAUCUCUGGCUAAAAGGGUCAGAUAAGGAGGCCACGUGUACAUAUAUAAGUGAAUUACUGCCACGGCCCGUACGGAAGAAUCUGCAUAAUCGGGCAUUCCUGAGCCAAAAGGUUCCAUUCGGCAACUCGCUAGACAGUUCAGCCCUACUUAAACGUCGGCGUGCGAGGAGCGGCGCAGUCAUGGCCACACGCGGCUCACACUCGCUCUUUUGGCGCGCCCUCGCCGCCUUCCUGCUGGCGGCUGAGCUGAGGGCCGCGUCCUUCAGCCUCACGCCACACGCCGACUACAGGAGGAAGUUCUCGUGGGCGCAGGCGAGGAGGUUUAUCAAGGAGACGCAGGAGCAGCUCAGCGCCGACCUCCUGCACCAGAUGGAGGAGGCGACGCGGGCGGAGUACAGGGAGGUGCCACAUCCGAUCGCGCACACGUCGCAGCUUCUCCACGAGGGCAUCGACUGCUCGAGGAUCACCUCGGACCUCCACCCGAACAACCUCAAGAGCGACGUGCAGCUCCGACCCGCCUGGAUCCACGACUCGCGCUUCAUCGGCGCCUGCCCGACGCGCUUCGUGAGUCGCGAGCUCCCGCCCAAGUACUUCCCACCGGUGGUCCUGGAGGCGCAGUGCGUGUGCGGCGGCUCACACUGCUCGCAAGAGGGCCACCAGUGCGAGCCCGUGUCGCGGCAGGUGCCAGUCUGGGUGCGCCGCGGCCCCGCCUUCCACGUGCUGGACGUUAUGGAGGUGACAGUGGCGUGCAUCUGCGCACGGAGACGCAGCUACCGGGCCAACAACCUCAUCAUGGCGGCCAUCCAGAGCUAGGGGGGCGGUCGCGCCUCGCGAAGGUGUUGGUCAUUUGCAUUGGGCGGGCGUCGGGCGAGAGAUCGCCUCCCGGCUAAAGCCGAGACGCGGCAGGGUUGUGUUGUGACGCGGGUUGUGUUGGCUCGUGCCAAAGUCACGGCGUCAUGCAAAGCCGCUGACCGCCGCUGUGAAAUCCGAGUUUUAAUGGUUCAAUCGGCACGAAUCAUGUGUCGGUAUUCCAAGAAUUACAUGACAUCGGGCUGUGGUGAAUCCAUUAACUGUUCAUAUCCAAAAAUGAUUUUGGAAAUAUACUGCAUCUUCAGUUAAUUAUGAUAAUCAAUGCUGGUUAUAUUUUAUGGCAUACAUUACAGAAUGUUUUAUAGAAUACCAUUUCUUAAUUUUCAGUAAACUGUUGAAUAAUUAAAAAGUGAUGAUGAGAUGGCUUCUAUUUCUGAAGAUAUUAGCUAAUAAACUAUAAGCAUUUGCA